AUGCCCCUCUGCACCCUCCUCCAGCGAUACCGACAAUCAUCACGUUCCAACUCCCGACCACCCCUCAUGGAUCUCUCCUCCCUCGAAGGACCACCAAUAGAAGACCCAAGGGUAGUGGUAACGCCCGAACCAAUUGCCAGGCUUCGCAUCGAGCCCCCGACGCCAGAUACAAAUACACACCCGAGUCGACUAUGGAAAUCGCUCCCGCCGAGACCGUCGUCCGCGGACCCAACCUCUCCUUCCAGACACACUCACCUCCCUCGACCACUCACCCACCGAUUCGAGACAUCUCAGAGCGAGGCAAAUGACGAGCCCUAUCUCCGUCGUGCACCUGCCCAAAGAGGUCGACGAACCCCGUCACCGGACCAGGAAGAAUUGAACAGCCGUAACGCGAAUCUGAAUCUGAAUCUGAAUAUUGACACCACACUGGCCCGACACUCGGCUUCCUCGCCCUACGAGCGCUCCCGCUCACCACUCCGAACACCUGUGUCUCUCGAAGCUGAGGCUGAGGCAAGAUGGAACCUCGAGACAUUGCGUGACUCCGAGCGCGGACGCCGGGCACGCAGCUGCUGCCCACUUGUCUGGGUUGAGUCGGAGAGGCGGUGGGUUGUCUUUGGACCGUAUCGUCAACCUGCAAGCGGGACAAGUACAAGUGAAGACUCGGCUCCAAGACAUCGGACGCCGGGGCCACCGCCUGAUCUGUCGCGCCGGCCGGCCUACCCGGAGAUCUAUACGGACCUCCUCUAUGCCGAUAAUGAGAUUGAGCCUGCUGACCAUCCGCCGACGUAUGAGAGUCACGGCUUUAGUCCUACACACGUCGACCGACUCGGGGGACGGCGGUGGUCAUCUGUGGCUCGUCGCUGGAAUGGGAUGGGUGGCUGA